AUGAGUGAUACACAGGAAGAAAUGAAGAUUGACCCGUCAAGAGCCCAAGCUCUCAUCUUGCAGCUUGGCUCCGUCAAGGAGCGACUGGCCGCUGUGGCAAACGGCCGAAAUGUGUGUACAAGCCUGGCCCAUCCUUAUCAUCGGCAUCAUCCCAGCUCAUCACUGCCCAGCUCUUUGCUGACGCAGUUACAGGUCCGGCUCGUCGCCGUUUCGAAGCUGAAGCCGGCAAAUGACAUCCUGGCCCUUCACCAGGCACCUACUUCCCAGUCUCACUUUGGCGAAAACUACGCCCAGGAGCUGACUCAGAAGGCCGCUCUGCUGCCCAGCUCCAUCCAGUGGCACUUCAUCGGCGGUUUGCAGUCUGGUCACUGUAAACCCCUCGCCAAGAUCCCCAACCUGUUCUGCGUCUCCAGCGUCGAUACAUCCAAGAAGGCCCAGCUUCUCAACAACGGCCGCACCACCCUACUCGCUUCUCAGCCCGACGCACCUAAGCUCUCUAUCCACGUCCAGGUCAACACCUCCGGGGAGGAGGCCAAGUCCGGCUGCGCCCCUGGCGACGAGACCGUUGCCCUCUGCCGCGAGAUCGUCGAGAAGUGCCCCAAUCUACAACUCCUCGGUCUCAUGACCAUUGGCGCCAUCGCCCGCAGCAAGGCGACCACCGCAGAAAAUGAGAAUGAAGACUUUGUGACGCUGACCCAACAGAGAGAUUUGGUGGCCAAGGAGCUUGGCUUGGAUCAGGACAGCCUGGAGUUGAGCAUGGGCAUGAGUGAGGACUUUGAGGGCGCUGUACGGUUGGGCAGCGGUGAGGUGCGUGUCGGCAGCACCAUCUUUGGCCAGAGACCGGCCAGGGCGGAUGCCAAGAUCAAGGACUAGCAGAGAAAGACGAGGUAAUAGAGAAAGAUCUAAACUCGACGUUUUCUUGCUGCGAGGUCACCCCCUCAAUCCCCGAUGAGGGUGGGUUAUCUAAUUCCCUCUGCUCUGGGUAAGUGACAUACACAUCAACGGCAAAGAGUGAGCAAUGGGUUAAAGGCAUCGAUCCAAAACGAGAGAUUCAUGGUAUCAACUAGAAACUAUAUCCUCCCUAUCCACAACCGCUCUGUACGUGGCGAAUUGGUAUGCUCGGCCCAUAGGCCACAGGAAUGGAUGACUAGACAGCGCAGGUUACUUUUC